UCUGGAACAGUAAAAUUUUUAGAAGUUAUUAAGCCAUUCUGUGCGGUGUUACCUGAAAUCCAGAAACCCGAAAGAAAAAUCCAGUUCAGAGAGAAGGUGCUGUGGACGGCUAUCACGCUCUUCAUCUUCUUAGUAUGCUGCCAGAUACCUUUGUUUGGAAUCAUGUCGUCAGACUCCGCGGAUCCGUUCUAUUGGAUGCGAGUCAUUCUGGCGUCAAACAGAGGUACUUUGAUGGAAUUAGGUAUCUCACCCAUUGUGACAUCUGGUUUGAUCAUGCAGCUGCUGGCUGGAGCGAAGAUCAUUGAAGUUGGUGAUACUCCAAAAGACAGAGCCUUGUUCAAUGGAGCUCAGAAACUAUUUGGGAUGAUUAUUACCAUUGGGCAAGCCAUUGUGUAUGUUAUGACUGGAAUGUAUGGAGAUACUGCUGAAAUGGGCGCUGGAAUUUGUCUUCUUAUUAUAAUUCAGCUGUUUGUUGCUGGUUUGAUUGUGUUGCUCUUGGAUGAGUUGCUACAAAAAGGUUAUGGCUUGGGGUCUGGUAUCUCCCUGUUCAUUGCUACCAAUAUCUGUGAAACCAUCGUCUGGAAGGCUUUUAGCCCCACCACCAUCAACACCGGCAGAGGAACAGAGUUUGAGGGGGCUGUGAUUGCAUUAUUUCAUCUUCUGGCUACACGAACUGACAAAGUCCGGGCUUUGCGGGAGGCUUUUUACCGGCAGAAUUUGCCCAAUCUCAUGAAUCUGAUUGCUACAGUAUUUGUAUUUGCCGUUGUCAUAUAUUUUCAGGGAUUUCGUGUGGAUUUACCGAUCAAGUCUGCACGAUACCGUGGACAGUACAGUAGCUAUCCCAUCAAGCUCUUCUACACCUCCAACAUCCCCAUCAUUCUGCAGUCCGCCUUGGUUUCGAACCUCUAUGUCAUUUCCCAGAUGCUGUCGGUUCGGUUCAGUGGCAACUUCCUGGUGAACUUACUGGGCCAGUGGGCAGAUGUCAGUGGCGGUGGUCCUGCUCGCUCUUACCCUGUUGGUGGCCUGUGCUACUACCUGUCCCCUCCGGAAUCCAUGGGUGCAAUAUUUGAGGAUCCCGUCCAUGUAAUAGUGUAUAUAAUAUUUAUGCUGGGAUCCUGCGCCUUCUUCUCAAAGACGUGGAUUGAGGUGUCUGGCUCCUCGGCGAAAGAUGUCGCCAAGCAACUCAAAGAGCAGCAAAUGGUGAUGAGAGGCCACAGGGACACUUCCAUGGUUCACGAGCUUAACAGGUACAUCCCCACAGCGGCUGCGUUCGGUGGUUUGUGCAUUGGUGCCCUUUCAGUACUGGCUGACUUCCUAGGAGCCAUUGGGUCCGGCACUGGCAUUCUGCUUGCCGUCACUAUUAUUUAUCAGUAUUUUGAAAUAUUUGUAAAAGAACAGGCUGAAGUGGGAGGAGUAGGUGCAUUAUUUUUUUAGAUGUCCAAAUAUUUCAUGGUUCGCGUGAAAGGGAAAGUAUUUUGACAACAUGCGUCAUUUAGUCCAACAAUGCUCUUUUCUUUUUACUUGUUUUCAAGUGCUGCGUGUCCCACUGCUGUGAUGGGCCUCGAGCAAUGCCUGUGUGCAGCGUCAGUACCGGCUGCCUUAAGAGUAAAGUUUACAUGAUCUCGUUU